AGCUGAAGAGGAGGGGGCUUUUGAACGGUAUAUGCAGUCGACAAAGCUGGCUCAAGCUUUCGAGGAAAAUCCUGUUGAUCCGGAGUCUACGAGGGUAUGGGAUACAGUUACAGAGAUCGGGAAAUCGUUGGCUUCUAGAUAGACUGAUACAUCGAUUAUCAUAUACGCGUUUUUGUUACGUGCAUGUGAAUUGUCACGCCACCUGUCACAUUUUGUGACCCAAUGGGGCGCGUUUCGGUAGUGGUUUAACCAACAAUAUUACUCUCCUCUCGUUAACUUUCAAACUGGUAUGGACGGGCCUCCACCUCAGGAGGAAGAUUUCUCUUCCCUUCCAAUAUCAGAGAGGCUUAAUCAUAAAAACUGGAAAGCCCGUGUAAGCGGAUACGAAUCAUUGAUCAAGACUUUCCAAACCACCGCAUCCGACACCGAUCCCGCAUUUAAGCCCUACAUCAACAGUCCUGAUCUUCUUAAGAAGAUCGCCAUAGAUUCCAAUGCUGUGGCACAAGAGAAAGGUGUAGAGUGUCUCGUGGCACUAGUCAAGUUUGCUGGAGAGUCUGCCGCAAAGACCAGAGAAGCUGUCGUGCCGUCCUUAGUUGACAAAUGUCUUGGGUCUGCGAGGGCCGGUACAAAGAACCAAGCAAUAGAACUUAUUCUUCAAUAUGUGGAAGUUGAGAAUUCUGCUACUGGUGUUGUGGCGGAUAUAAUACCCGGUCUUUCUGCAAAACAGCCAAAGACCGUCGCCGGAAGUAUAUUUGCUUUGAAAGAAGUUGUUCGGACUUUUGGAACUCAAGUGACUCCUCCGGCCCCUGUUUUAAAAGCAUUGCCCAAGAUAUUCGCGCAUGCCGACAAGAAUGUCCGUGCAGAAGGCGCGCAACUCACCCAUAUACUAUAUCAGUAUAUCGGUCCCGCGAUAGACCCUUGGUUAUCGGAGCUUAAGCCAGUGCAGGUCAAGGAAUUGCAGGAGGCAUUCGAGGGGAUGGAAAAUACGGGGAAGGGCAAAGGAACAUUGAAGUCUGUAAGGCUCACGCGAGAACACCAGCGUGAGGCAGAAAUGGGAGGCGAUGCCGCUGAUGAUGGCGAAGUUGAAGCAGGCGGGCAACCAGAAGAACUGGAUCUUCCCGAUCCUCGCACUCUGGUAGAGCCAGUUAGCAUCAUUCCAAAGCUUCCCUCCAACAUGCAAGCUAACCUCACGUCUUCAAAAUGGAAAGAAAGAAAGGAGGUGUUGGACGAGUUGCUUACACUUGUAAAUGCCACCCCUCGCAUCCAGGACGCCCCUGAGCUGGGAGAACUAGCGAAAUCACUUGCUACAUGCAUCUCGAAAGAUGCAAACAUCAAUUGUGUCAUGACUGCCGCUCAUGUUAUAGAGGGUCUAGCAAAGGGCAUGAUGUCUCCAUUCGGCAGGCUCAGGGAGACGGUCAUUCCUUUGAUGCUGGAGCGCUUGAAAGAACGGAAAGCAAAUGUUACGGACGCAAUCGGAGCUGCAUUAGAUGCUGUUUUCGCGACGACGACUUUACCCGAUAUGAUACCAGAUCUGAUACCAGCUUUGGGAAACAAGAACCCACAAAUAAAGGAAGGGACUCUCAAGUUUCUCGCUCGCUCGCUAUCGACUUCAACGACGCCGGUGCAAACUGGCCAGAUAAAGACGCUGACCGAUCCACUCGCUGUUUUACUCGAGGACGGUUUUGAGGGCGCACGCAAUGAAGCCGCUGCCUGCCUAGGUAUCCUCAUGAAGAUGGUUGGCGAGCGCCCGCUUAAUGCUCUGAUGGAUGGGCUCGCCGAAGUUCGCAAGGCGAAGGUGAAAGAAGCAUAUGAGAAGGCUGUGGUUAAAUGUAAAGUUGGCGCUCCAAAGGCUCCCGCUGCUGCGAAAGAACCUCCAAAGAAAAAAGUCUCUCCGUCCCAGAAAGCAGGAGGCAAUGCUCCCCCUAAAGCGGAGGUGACCGAUGCACCAAUAAUAGACGAAGAACAUCCAAAGAAGCCGGUUGGGAAACCGCCUGCCCGGUUGAUGAAAGCUCCACCGACUUCUGAGGCACUGGAAACAAGUUCCUCAGCUGGGGGUCCUCCGGUCAAGGCUGCUUCUCCUGUCAAGAAGCUUACUCCCACUGCUGCCGCGAAACCCUCGAAGCCUGCCGCUCCCGCUGCACCUGGUACUUUUGACACUUUCAAAUAUAAACAUACUCCUGAGGAUGCUGAGGGUCUUGCGGCCGAGUUAAUACCAGCGACUAUCAUGGAAGGCUUGGGGGAUGCCAAUUGGAAAGCCAGGCUUGCUGCAUGCGAAGAAAUGCAAACUUGGAUAGAAGGUGUUGUUGAGGAUGUUGAUGCCGAGGUUGUUGUCCGAGCUAUAGCGAAGAAGGGAUGGUCCGAAAAGAAUUUCCAGGUGUCAGCAAAAUUGUACGGUAUCCUGACCAUUCUUGCCGAGCGCUGUCCAUCAUUCGGAAGGUCGUGCGUCGCUUUGUCGACCAGUCAUCUUUCUGAGAAGUUGGGCGAUAUGAAGCUCAAGAAAUCAGCCGGUGAUGCAUUGACAGCCUUUGCAGAGAAAACAUCUCUACAGUUUGUCCUCAACCAAGCAUACGAUCCCCUUGGAAAGCAGAAGGCCCCAAAAGUCCUUGCAGACGCACUUGGAUGGAUCGAUACCUCCAUUGUUGAAUUUGGCAUCGUUGGCGUUUCCCUUCGUCCUCUCAUCGACUUUUUGAAGACUGCUCUGAAGAAUUCUAAUGCGGCUGUAAGAACAAGUGCUACAAAGACCCUCGUCUCUGUCAAGUUAUUCGCAGGAUCUAGUAUCAAGGAUUUCCUGGAGGACCUGAAUGCUCAGCUUUUAGUGACCAUUCAAGGCGAAUUCGACAAGGUCGAGGGUACACCAGCACCAGAGCCAAGUCGUACUUCUGCCGACGUUGCAGCCUUGGCACCUGUGGCUGGUGGAGGAACCGCUAAGGGGCCUGACCCUUUGGACGACCUCUUUCCGAGAGUGGAGAUUGACGGACUGCUCAAAGGCACUACCAUUCUUACUGAUACCAAGAGUGACGCUUGGAAAGCUAGGAAGGAGGCUCUGGAGAUGCUCCAAGCACUUCUGGACCAAGGAGCAAACAAGCGCCUGAAACCAACUAUAGGCGAGAUUGCACAAGUUCUUAAGGCCCGAGUACUGGACACCAAUAAAGCUGUGCAAAGUCUUGCACUUGACAUAGUUGCUCGUAUCGCAACCGGCAUGGGCAAACCCUUCGAAAAACAAAACAAACUUUUCGUAGUACCAGUGGCGACAGUUCUUUCUGAUCAAAAGGCACCCAUCCGCGCGGCAGCAAUCCAGACAUUGACCGCAAUGGCAACCGCAAGUGAAGGACUGGAUUCUAUGGUCCAUUUUUUGGGAACGGCUCUAGAAGCGGUUAACCCAACUCAACGAGCCUCUCUUCUUGGGUGGAUAGCCGACUACCUCAAAGACCAUGCCCCUACUUCGUCGUUGGACCUAAGUAGUUGGGCUGCUACUGUGGUCUCAUGCCUCGAUGAUCGGAGCGCUGAUGUUAGGAAGGGCGCGCAAGCCCUUCUGCCCAACCUGAUCACUUCUGUUGGCUUCGACAAAGUCAUGCAAUACACCAAUUCGUUAAAGCCAGCGUCAAGGAAGACUGCUGUUCCAAUUAUUCAAGCAGCUCGAGAUAGCGCUGCUCCACCCCUCAUUGCUGCACCAGCGGUAACAACACCAGCAAAAGCUUCCGCUUCAAAGGCUGCUUCCUCAGUACCUGCAAAGUUAUCACCGAGUCCCCCUCCAUCAUCUCCGGUUCCAUCCACGGCAGCUAGUAAACUCACGGGUGUCCGACGGAAGUUGCCACAAGGGACAAACUCCCGACCGGACUCUCGAGCGGAUUCAGUGGAUGAGCCUGUGACGUCUCGCCUUCCGGGGAAGUCGGGAGUUGGUGGCACCAAGCGCGCAGGAGCGACAAGUAUUGCUACAAAGGGUUCCAUGGUACCUCCUCCGGCGAUAGUUUCUGCUCUUCCAUUUUCCAGUAUGAACAUGGAGGCUAAGCGUGCGAGAUUAGCCAAGGAUGCCCAACGGUGGAUUAACGAAGGUGGGACUACCAGGAAGGAUUUGGCGGAUCUCCUGCAGCACCAAAUGGAGCCACACGCGUCCAAGGAUCUCGUUACUCAGCUAUUCAGUCACGACCACAACGCUGUUAACGAUCAUGUCUCAGGACUGACUACGAUACACAAUUUCUUCUCUGCCGCAGAGUCUGGGGACGAUAAAUUUGGGGUCCCUCCGGACGAUCUCAGAGCCGUCGCUUUGGCCUGCAGCGAUCUCGCUCUGAAAUAUGUUUCUAUCAAGGCUCAUGAACCUCAGUCCAACUUGAGUGCCAAAGGCCUAGAAGUGGCCGAAGCUGUUCUUGCCUUCCUACGCAGUGUUGACGCCCAAAUAGACGACUCAGAGGCUUUGUGCUUCCUCCCGACAUUGAUCAACAAGCUCGGUGACGCUCGUGAACCAGUGCGCGCCCGUGUACAGCAAAUCGUUCAAAUGAUGCCAAAGGUGUACGCAUUCAGCCGAGUGUUCGACCUGCUGCUGGAGCAUGGUUUAAAAUCUAAGGUGGCAAAGACCCGCCAGGGCGCUCUGGAUGAAUUAAGCAGUCUCCUGAAGCGCAACGGUAUGUCUGCAUGCAAUCAGCCCAGCAAGGCCUUCCCUGUCCUGGGUUCCAUGAUUGCAGACAAAGACUCUGCUGUGCGGAAGUCUGCUCUAUCGGCUCUGAGUGAGGUAUACUCCUUGAUUGGAGAGAAAGUCUGGUCGCUUGUGGGACCAUUGUCAUCCAAAGAUAAGACACAGCUUGAAGAGCGUCUACGCCGCGUCGCAGGACCCAGUAGCCCAGGCAAGCCGGUGCCGCAGACACCCGCCCACCCAGCACAGAUAUCUCGUCUGGCAGGCACUGUUAUGCGUUCAGAUUCGCCGACCUCACCACGACCAACAAGUCCAGCUGUCUCGGGUAUCUCCCGAUUUGCUAGACCCGGUUCCCCUGCCAGGACGCCGCGGCCUGCCUCUCCAGCUCCUUCCCAAAUCGCCAGACCCUCUUCUCCAAUGCGACCGAAACCCCCAGGUACUGCCGUUCCAUCGGCUAUGGCAGGGACUUCAAGUCUGGCCGCGCCGUCCUCUCCUUUGGGCCUGCGCCCGAGGAGCAUGUUACCAUCACGUCUCGGACCUCCUAAGCCUCGUCCAAACUUUGGAUUAUCCUUGAAUGUGGCCCCACGUUCAGAAGAACCUUCAGAACUGCCGUACGCCAACAACACUAAUGGUCACUCGCACAACAAUGCUCCAUCUAUGCCCUCUACAGAGUCUGUGGAGACUCUGGUAGAUAGCGCCCACACAUAUGAUGAUGCCCCUGCGUUCGAUACUCCCGACGACAUCACAAUCACAAUCUCCAGCAUAUUGAGCAGCGAUCCGACUCGCAGCGUAGAUGCUCUCAAGACAAUCCAAAGGAUUUUAAUCACAAAGCCAGAAGACGGGCACGCAUCUCCGGAGUAUCGUGAAUUGGCGGAACAUACCGAAGGUCUUAUAGAAACCAUCACACUUCAAAUGGCGCAUGUUUUCGAACGCCCCGAGGAUCUAGUGUCUGAUGAAAACUUCAGAUUGGCGAAGCACCUCAUUCAGACACUCAACACGUUCUGUGACCACAUCUUCCUGGCUGAGUCCCUAACCGUUGACAUUCUCACACCUCUAUUAGAGGAGCUUACACUGAGAUUAUUGGAGACUGAUGAGAGUCACGUCACCAAGGUCAAGGAUCUAUCGCGAUUUAUCAACAUGAUUAUCUUAAGGCUGUUUGCCACGGGACGCAGGAUGUCCAUAUUCCGUUCCCUGUUUUCCCUACUUUUGCAGAUCGUGAAGCCGUUCCCGAGCAAUGGAACACUCUCAGACUCCAAAGAGGCUCGUGUUGCUGAGCUUGUCUUGAAAUGUGUUUGGAAGCUAGCUCGAAACAUUCCUCAAGAUCUAAAGGAGCAAAAACUCGAUCCGGUCGAGCUCUUACCUGCGGUCGAGCACUUCUUACAGUCGGUACCUCCAAAUGAAUGGAGGGCCAGAGCCACGAACAAGGUCCCAUGUGGGGAUAUGCCGUUGAGAACCAUCAAAGUCAUUAUUCAGCAUGUAGUUGCGCAUUAUGGCGACGAAGUUUACGACUUCCUUUCUGCAUCCUUCGACGACCCAUCAGCAACUAUAGUAUACCCAUACGUCUACCGCAUUCUCAACUCCUCCUCUCGAGCAGCAGUAGACAUCCCAAUGCGGUCAAAUCACAGUCCACCAGAGCCUAUUGGACGCCCAUACUCAGCAGCUUCCAGUCGGCCCAUAUCACCUGCAGGCUCUUCUGCCAAUCAACAGCAAUCUUCUCCCAGUCACCGGACAAGUCCGAGUGUCUCUUCGCACAAUGGUUUCUCGCCGCCCGUGGAAGAGCCAGAUCCAGAAGCACAGUUGAUCACCAUCAUAAAUCACAUCUCCAGCGAGACCACAGGAGCAAUGCACAAGGAGGGUAUCACUGAGCUGCACCAGUUCUUGAAGAACUACCCACACAAGCGUCCUCGCGUUGAGAAGCUGCUAGAGACAACUGGCCCUGCAUUUCGCAAGUACAUCAACCGCGCACUUGCGAGUAGGGCGGCCGAGGAUAUGGAACGAACCGCGGCCGUUGCAAGUACACUGUCAAAAUUGGAAUCAAAUGGCCAUGAAUCCCCCGUUCCUAGUUCCCCUGCUCCAAGCCGAGGGGAAUUGUCGCCUCAAUCUGCACACCAUACAUCCGAUCCGCCAGGAGAGGAUCGGUUGCAUCAGCUGCACGGCAUAUUCCAUUAUAAUCGUGCAAGCACAACGAGCAAUGGAUCUUCGCAAAGUGCUGCAAGACCCCGGAUAUCGGAGAGCUGACUUGAGCCAGAUUGAUGGAUGGAUUCUGUCGACAUCUCACUUUUCACUCCUGCUUUGUUUUUGCAAUUCAAUCAUUUACGACUCUUCAAGUACCCUUUUAAUCAGGAUGCACAAUGCACAAUGUUAAGUAUGUUUAUUUCAUGUCACGCCUCGGAAAAUGUAUCACCGUCCGCGGAGACCUAACACGGGCAAAAAUAUGUAGAUUUAGGCUGUA